AUGUUGACUGGAGAGAAAACCCACAUUGGUGCUGAAGAGGAGGUGGGUAACAGAAACACCAUUGCCGAAUCUGCUGUGUAUUUGGGCAUCUCUCAGAUUUUUGUGGGUUCAAACAAGAUGGUUGAGGGGAGCCAUGGCAAUAGAGUGUUUGACACCUCUCAUGGCAUUGACCCGAGUGGCUUCGGUGCACAAGGUGGAACUAGAGAGGAGACGGGGGUGCUACCCAGCAUGACUUGGGCACCAAAGAAUGGGCAAUCAGAUCUGGCAGCUG